AUGACGAGCACCUCCACAGACGCUUUAACAGCAACCACUCCUGGAUUCACCACACAGACUACGCCGUUGCAUCUCCCUCGCUUCACCCCUGGACCAGGAUGCGUCAACGCUUCCAACAUCUUCUACGAGACGGACGAAUGCUCCUGGGGCACUGGAAUAGGCCUAUACAAGCCAGAUACACACACAUGUACCUUCUUUGGCAUUGACGCUGUUCGGGAUGAGCCAAACAACGAUUGCCUCCCAGGUAAUCUUGAUAUCGCAACAGAAUGUCCUGUUCAGUACACGGUGGCGAGCACUUGGGAUUGGGAGAAGUCUAAUGGCGAGACUACUCGCGAGAUUUACUGUUGUCCAACGUGA